CGGGCGCGCAGCAGCAGCCCGGGCGGUGGGCAGCCAGGAGCCCCCGGCCCCGGCCCGCCACGGGCCCCAGCGCAGGAGCCGCGCCCGGACCCAGGCGAUGCCCUCCUAGCCAGCCGCCACGGGAUGGAGGGCUUCAUGGACUCAGGGACACAGACGGAUGCCGUGGUGGUGCUGUCCUUGGCUCAGGCCGCCGUGCUGGGCCUGGUUUCAGAAAAUGAGCUCUUUGGAGCCACCAUAAGCGCCGAAGCCUUCUACCCGGACCUGGGGCAGGAGCUGUCCGGGGCGGCCAUGGGGGAGCCCCGGGCCCCGGGCUCCGAUGUCUUCCAGCUGGCCUGCAACGGGCGGGCCCUGGAGGAGCCGGCAGAGGAGGAGGUGCUGGAGGUGGAGGCAGCCUUUGAGAAGCACACCCGGCGGAAGACGCGGCCGCCCGUGCGGCUGGUGCCCAAGGUCAAGUUUGAGAAGGUGGAGGAGGAGGAGGAGCAGGAGGUCUACGAGGUGUCCGUGCCUGGCGACGACAAGGAUGCGGGCCCAGCGGAGGCCCCCACCGAGGUGGCCAGUGGCGGCUGCGAGGCCCUGGUGCAGAGCAGCGCCGUCAAGAUGAUCGACCUCAGCGUCUUCAGCCGCAAGCCCCGGACACUGCGGCACCUGCCCCGAACCCCGCGGCCAGAGCUGGACGUAGCACCCUUCGACCCCCACUUCCCCGACCCGGCCCAGGACGGCUUCCCCGAGCCCAGCAUGGCGCUGCCCGGGCCGGAGGCCCUGCCCACGGAGUGUGGCUUCGAGCCGCCGCACCUGGCCCCCCUGAGCGACCCUGAGGCCCCCACCAUGGAGUCCCCGGAGCCCGUGAAGCCAGAACAGGGCUUCGUGUGGCAGGAGGCAAGCGAGUUUGAGGCCGACGCAGCCGGCUCGACGGUGGAACGCCACAAGAAGGCCCAGCUGGACCGGCUGGACAUCAACGUGCAGAUCGACGACUCGUACCUGGUGGAGGCGGGUGACCGUCAGAAGCGCUGGCAGUGCCGCAUGUGCGAGAAGUCCUACACAUCCAAGUACAACCUGGUGACGCACAUCCUGGGCCACAACGGCAUCAAACCGCACUCGUGCCCGCACUGCAGCAAGCUCUUCAAGCAGCCCAGCCACUUGCAGACACACCUGCUGACGCACCAGGGCACCCGGCCGCACAAGUGCCAGGUGUGCCAGAAGGCCUUCACGCAGACCAGCCACCUCAAGCGCCACAUGCUGCUGCACUCGGAGGUCAAGCCCUAUAGCUGCCACUUCUGCGGCCGCGGCUUCGCCUACCCCAGCGAGCUCAAGGCCCACGAGGUGAAGCACGAGAGCGGCCGCUGCCACGUCUGCGUCGAGUGCGGCCUGGACUUCUCCACCCUGACCCAGCUCAAGCGCCACCUGGCCUCCCAUCAGGGCCCCACCCUCUACCAGUGCCUCGAGUGUGACAAGUCCUUCCACUACCGCAGCCAGCUGCAGAACCACAUGCUCAAGCACCAGAACGUGCGGCCCUUCGUGUGCACCGAGUGCGGCAUGGAGUUCAGCCAGAUCCACCACCUCAAGCAACACUCGCUCACCCACAAGGGUGUGAAGGAGUUCAAGUGCGAGGUGUGUGGCCGGGAGUUCACCCUGCAGGCAAACAUGAAGCGGCACAUGCUGAUCCACACCAGCGUUCGGCCCUACCAGUGCCACAUCUGCUUCAAGACCUUCGUGCAGAAGCAGACCCUCAAGACCCACAUGAUUGUACACUCGCCCGUGAAGCCAUUCAAAUGCAAGGUGUGCGGGAAGUCCUUCAACCGCAUGUACAACCUGCUGGGCCACAUGCACCUGCACGCGGGCAGCAAGCCCUUCAAGUGCCCCUACUGCUCCAGCAAGUUUAACCUCAAGGGCAACCUGAGCCGGCACAUGAAGGUCAAGCACGGCGUCAUGGACAUCGGCCUGGACAGCCAAGACCCCAUGAUGGAGCUGACGGGCACCGACCCCUCCGAGCUUGACAGCCAGCAGGAGAUCGAGGACUUCGAGGAGAACGCCUACGCCUACGCCGGUGUGGACAGCAGCGCCGAGGCCAGCGUCCUCACCGAACAGGCCAUGAAAGAGAUGGCCUACUACAACGUGCUAUAGCACAGGCCGGGCCACCCAGGAUGGGGCAAGGAGGGCGUGGGGCGUGGGGGGAGACCCAUGUGCUGCAGGCUGCACCUCCUGCAGCUGAAAAACAAGCUACUGCCCCACUGUCCUGAGCCCUCCCUCCCACUCAGUCGUUUGCACCACUAGGGACUUGUAGACCAAAUGGAGACUGUACUACUGGCCUCAGCUGUGAACCAGGCACAGGCCCCAGGCAUCCUAGGGAAGGAAGGGUAACACGGGAGGCCCAGGUCCGGGUCUCCUUGGCCUGCUGCUGUGGGAGAAAUGCAGAUGGGGGCCGUCUGGGGACAGGUCACAAGGGCAUAGGUUCUCAAGUCUCUCCAGGCCCAGCAGAGCUGGGGCGGCCCGUGUGGGCAGGGCCAUCCUGAUGGCUCCUCGGGGGUCCUGUCACUGGAGGGAGAUCUCUUGAGCCAUGUCUUGUUUCUCCUCUGGACCCUCUCUGCCUCUAGGGAUGUUUGAGCUCCUGUGCUGGUCAGCCUUGCCCCCCACCCUUACCGCCCACCGGCCCCUGGGCUACGAGAAGCCCAGGCCCAGAGCCCCUUCCCCCACCCUGUCCAUGGACAGCCAGACAGGGCCCUCUGCCUUCUACCUCCUGGUGCCUCCCGCUCUCUCCUCCAGCCAGGCGUGCAUGCGACCUGGUCCUGGCCUUAGGAAAGCGGGGUGUAGCCCAACCCCCAGCUACCGUCCUCUCCAGCCGACCCCCAGAAGGCUCCCAUCUUACAGCCCUGUUUGGAAGUGGGCGUCCCUAAAGUGGAUUUCAGCAAACUGUUAUCCAGUUCUGUCUCGAAGUGGGGCACCACACCAGGGUCCCCCGACAAAGCCAGGACAUGCCUUGCGUCAGACACACACUAACAAAGACAGAUGGAGGCCCCUUGAGCGAGGGGACCGGUGACGGGGUCGUUGGGGACCAAGAGGGGCUGUCCUCAAGGAGGCCAAGGGCGGCCUAUGUAGGGGUGGGGACCUGGAGUUUUCCUCUUAUUUAAGGUCUAAUAAGUAUCCAUUUUGAGGAUGGGGACAGCCAAGAGUCAGCAGGGUCCCAGGAAAAGCAACAUAUUUAGAAAGGAAAAUGAAGACCAUAGAGGGAAAAAAAUGUUUUUUUGAGCAAAGGGGGGUAUUUUGAAGGUAAUUUAUUUUUCUCCUUUCCAACUCUGUGUCACCUAUUAUCUUUUCUGAUGGAGAUCAUUUUCUUUUUGCCAGCAGAAGCUUUCUUGUGUGCUGUGCGUGCUUUGUGCCUCCCCAACCAAGAGCAGCGUGGCCUGCCCUGGCGGGACUCGAGCUCGGAGGGGACUGUCGGUCUGGCCCUGGGGCUUCAGCUGCUGGCAGGGAGCCUCCGGAGGCCAAGGCGAGAGGCAGGAGGAGGCAGAGCCCGGCAGGCCAUCCACCCUCUCCCAGCCCCUCCGGCUAGUGACUUGCUCUGCACCACCCAGAGCAGCGGCCCGGGCUGCCGCCCCUGCUCAGCCCACGGUUCGCUCGCUUGCCAGCCCGCUCUCAUCUCCUCGGUCCCCGCGCCAGCUCCUGCCCCGGAACUGAAGACUGCAGGCCCAGGGCGGUGAAAGAGCACAUUCAGGAAUGCUAGGGCACCCAUACUCCCACCCACUCGCCCCCUGCGGCCUCCGUGGAGGGGAGCAGGCAAGGCCAUUCCCAAAGGCGCAGGAGGUGAAGCCACCAGCUUCAGCCCAGAAACCAGGAAGCGGGGAGCGGCUGGGGAGGGAGGCGCCCCCAAGGCUGUAUCCUUAGUGAAGGACCAAGCCAGGCCUCAGGGUGGCUGAGAUCAGGAUGGAGGGGAGGACAAGGUAGCCUUGGGAUCAGGCAACCAGGUGCCCCUUCCUUCUCUGUUAGAGUUCAUGCUAAGCAGCAAAUAAGAGGGCUGGGGCUCACGGGAGCCUCGCCCCGACUGUGGCUCUCCAGACCCCGAGGCCCCCCAGCCUCCCAGGUGCCCGCCAUGAUGACCCUCAGGUGGCAGUGACCCCGUCACUGUAGAAGACAUUUUCUCCUGCUGAGCAGAAGCAUCAUCCCCCGCAAACUACCUCUUCCCACAACGUCUUUCUCCCCUGGUACCAAAAAGAACCCUGUACCUCCUCCUCCUCUUUCCUGCCAGUGCAGUGGCCUUGGUCUUGGAAACCCAUGAGAGAAGGUCUGGCCCCCAGGGUGGGGCUCUCCUCUCUGCCCCCAGCCCCGCCAUCAGCACCAGCCCUCUGCGAGGUUUGAUACUUGAACGCCCCCCCUGCCCUGUGCCUUGGACCUGGGCAAGGCUGAGAGAAGGAAGCAGCGCAACUCACAACUGGAGCUGGUGGGCGGCGGUCUCGGCAAGGCUCCCGUCCUCACCCCCCAGCCCACCCCCACCUUUUCAAAAGAGGCGUGCAGCCUCUCGGGUGACUUGGAAACUCCUGGACAAAUUCCAUUCUAACUUAUUUUGACGUGUAUACAAACCAACUGUUUAGAAAUUCCACUUGUGCAAAGCCCUACUGUGUUUUUAUGUUCCUGUUUAAAAGAGAAGUUUAC